AUGUAUCCGUCAAUGCCACAGGUAUGGCGAUCCAUUGCACGCCCUUGUCGCUUCGUCGCUCGUCGUCGCCAUCCUGCACCCGCGCGACAAUUUCACCUGUCGCGCCAAUGGCUCUCGGUGCCAACCAAUGAUCCCCAAAAUGGAUCCACGCCGGCCACCGACUUAGGGGACGUGGUGGAUAGCCGCCAGUCGCCCAAUUCCAACGAUAAUGUCGUGAACCCUGAUUCUCCUUCUACACCGGUCGAACAAACUGUACAGCCCGUCUCGAGACCAUACGGAUCCGCCGUUCGCAGAGCCAUGAGAAACAGACAUUCCGAGCAGCAACAACAGCAAAGAGGAUCAACGGCUGCGACAAUUCCUAGCUGGUUCCGCGAGCGAAACAUAGUGACCCAUGGUACCGAUGGACGUCAGGAUGCUGUGCAAUUCCAGUCCCAGGUCGAGGUCCGAAAAUCGAAGGCAGCGUCGAAGACAGAUACUGCGGCUCAAGGAGCGUCGGCGCCUGGUGGUGACGGGGAGGAUCCUUCUGCCACAGGCGGGUCAUCUGAAUCGGAGACCCGCUAUGCCGUGGCAGAGGAACUAUGGGAUGAAUUGCGCGCGUCAGUCAAAGCGGGUCUGAGACUGCCGCCUGCGCAAUACGCGGGAGAACCACCUGCCAAAAAGUCGCAUCUGGUUCUUCAAUACCCCGGCCCGGACGGCAUCUUGUUUUUGGACGCAGUGGUUCAACGCCUUGCCCACGAGCUAAAUGCCGACCUUGUUACUCUCAAUGCCCAGGACUUGACUCAGCUGCUGAGUGAGCAAGAUCUUGCCGAGGCUGGCGCGACUUCCGGGAUCCGAUCUCUCGGUUAUGAUGUAUAUCGGCCUCCAGUCACUGCCUGGCCCGAGCCCAAUGAGGGUGAAGGAGAGGGCGAGGACGAUAUAGCGGACAUUGCUGGUGCUCAUGGAGUGCGCCCUGAAGUCAGUACCCCUCGGUUCAUUACAAUCGAGGCCAGCAGAGAUUCAGGUGAUAUUCCGCUGCCAAACUGGCUAGGGUUGAAGUCGCUCGUGGCAUCUAUCAACGGCCAGGACCAGGAACCAAGCAUGAUGCGAGGCUCUGGCCAGCGUCUGGAGACACGAUGGGUUCGCCUUCUCAACGAGGUGCUUUCCUCAGCCGUUCAGUCAACACAAUCAGCCCAGCCAGUCCCUAAGGAUUCGGAAGAGCCUUCUGCGCCGGAGACGGACGCGAGUAAGUCUGUCUUGUCGCGCGAUACCAUCGUUCAUGUACAAGAUUAUCGCGAUAUCCAGAGCUCGAGAGAGGGCUCUAGGGUGAUUUCCCUACUGCAAAAGGUCAUUCAAGAUCGACGACGCGCAGGGUCAAGGGUACUGCUCGUCGGUAGUACAUCCCAGGACCUUCAUCAUUCCCCUUCACAAGACGGCUCAAGGAUAUUGCAAAAUGUCUUUGAUGACAACUUCUCCAAAACACUUGUCAUCACACCAGCGAUGGAGUCCAAGGCCGUUGAAAAAACAUUCGCGGAGGACCAAAAGAACCGGACGAUGGAUAUCAACAUCCGCCAUCUCCAGAACAUGCUGCGCUUCCGUGUCAAUGAAACAUCGUCCACCGUGAAGGAUGACAUCUUUGGUGACCGGGGUUGGCCGCUAGAUGCGCUUACUAUCAAGCAAUCCGGCAUUAGAGAUCGAUUCUGGUCUUAUAACCAGGUGCACUGGGUUGCAACUCUUGCACUUGGUAGUGCGGAGCCCAAUGAGCAUCUCAGCUUUGAACACAUCAGACGUGGAAUUGAACUCAUGGAUCGAGGAGAUCGAGUCACAAGCGAUUGGUUGCAGGGCAAGUCAUCUAAGCAAACCGAUUCUAGUCGUGGGCAGAGCCGAGAGCAGCUGCUUGCCUCUCUACGGAAGACUUGUAACUCCCAUGAGAAGAAAUUGCUCAACGGCGUCGUGGAUGCAAAGAGUCUCCGCACCACAUUCGCGGACGUGCAUGUUCCACCCGAGACCAUCGACGCUCUCAAGACCUUAACAUCACUAUCUCUCAUUCGCCCCGAGGCGUUCACGUAUGGUGUCUUGGCUACCGACAAGAUCCCCGGUCUCCUGCUUUACGGACCUCCCGGCACCGGUAAGACACUCCUGGCGAAGGCUGUUGCGCGCGAGAGUGGCGCGACUGUGCUCGAGGUGAGCGGCUCCGAAGUAUACGACAUGUACGUUGGCGAAGGCGAGAAGAAUGUGAAGGCCAUCUUCACAUUAGCGAAGAAGCUAAGCCCAUGCGUUGUGUUCAUCGACGAGGCGGACGCAAUCUUCUGCUCGCGCACAGGUGCAAGCAACCGUACUUCUCACCGCGAACUCAUCAAUCAGUUCCUGCGUGAAUGGGACGGAAUGAACGACAUGUCUGCCUUCAUCAUGGUAGCCACCAAUCGACCCUUUGACCUGGACGACGCCGUCCUGCGCCGUCUUCCCCGCAGACUGCUCGUGGACCUUCCAACUGAGGAAGACCGGCUGGCCAUUUUGAAGAUCCACCUCAAGGGCGAACAACUCGACCCCGCCGUCGAUCUGGCCGAGCUGGCCAAGCGGACCCCACUAUACUCCGGCUCCGAUCUGAAGAACUUGUCCGUCGCUGCUGCAUUGGCGUGUGUACGUGAGGAAAACCAAGCCGCGGUCCAGCACCAGGGCGAGGAGCCUUAUGAGUACCCGGUCCGUCGCAUCCUGACUCGCGCCCACUUUGAGCGCGGAAUGGAAGAGAUCAGUGCUUCGAUCAGUGAGGACAUGUCUUCUCUGUCUGCCAUUAGGAAAUUCGACGAACAAUAUGGUGAUCGCAAGGGUCGGCGUCAGAAGAGUCCUGGGUGGGGCUUCAUUGCUCCCUCAACCCAAGAGACCACCGCUGAUACCGCGCGCGUCCGGAAAUGA